AUGGACGAUCCACGUGAGGUUUUAGCGGUUGAUCCGUAUAACAAUGUCACAUCAGAUGAAGAAGACGAACAGGCCAUCGCUAAGGAACUUGAAUUUAUGGAACGAAAGAAGCAAGCCUUAAUGGAACGAUUGAAGAGGAAGCAAGACUUCAAAAAACCGGAAGAUCCUAACUUUGAGGCUGUUGAAGUACCGCAAUCUCCCGCUAAGAAACGUACAGUUCAGAAUUCCCAAGAUGCCUCAAAACAGGCCAUAAGGCCUGUAGCUCCAAACGUCAACGAACUAAUGCUGUCUCAGCAAUCACUAGAAUCACCGAGUAAUACGACCACAUAUUUUAUGCAAAAAUUUCAGAGUGCAAAGAGAAAUGAGGAUAAGCAGAUUGCCAGAUAUGAAGGUAUGAUGAACGCAAGGGUACAUACGUUUGGUACUGAUAACAAAGAAUACAAACCAAUAAUCACAAACGAGUUGGAAAGUUUUUCAAAUCUUUGGGUUAAAAAACGAUACAUACCCGAAGAAGAUUUAAAGCAUGCUUUACAUGAGAUUAAGAUUCUUCGACUGAACAAGCUUUUUGCCAAAAUUCGUCCACCAAAGUUCCAGGAACCUGACUACGCCAAUUGGGCCACAGUCGGCCUGAUUAGUCAUAAAUCAGACAUCAAGUUUACGUCUUCUGAGAAGCCGAUUAAAUUUUUCAUGUUCACAAUAACAGAUUUCCAACAUUCACUAGAUGUUUAUAUUUUUGGGAAAAAGGGUGUUGAAAGAUACUAUAAUCUCCGUCUGGGUGAUGUGAUAGCAAUAUUAAACCCUGAAGUACUACCGUGGAGACCUUCAGGUCGUGGGAACUUUAUUAAGUCUUUUAAUCUCCGAAUUAGUCAUGACUUCAAGUGUAUCUUGGAAAUAGGCUCAAGCAGGGACUUGGGAUGGUGUCCCAUCGUGAAUAAAAAGACACAUAAGAACUGUGGAUCUCCUAUAAAUACAAAUCUUCACAUGUGCUGUGAUUAUCAUAGAGAAGUGCAAUUUAGAGGGACUAGUGCAAAGAGAAUUGAACUAAACGGGGGUUACGCCUUGGGUGCGCCGACCAAAGUAGAUUCUCAACCUAGUUUAUACAGAGCCAAAGGAGAAAAUCAAUUUAAUAUAGUCAGAAGUACCCGUAAAGGUCUCUCCGAAGAAGAAGAAAGAGUCAAAAAGAACUCUCACAAUUUUACCAAUAGUAAUUCUGCCAAGGCAUUUUUUGAUGAAAAAUUUCAGAAUCCAGAUAUGCUCGCAAACUUGGAUAGCAAAAGAAGAAAGAUUAUUGAUACCAAGAAAUCCACAGCAUUGAGCCGUGAGCUAGGCAAAAUCAUGAGAAGAAAGGAGUCAAGCGGAUUAGAGGACAAAAGCGAAGGAGAGAAACAAAAAAUGAAGCAAACCACAGAGAGUGCUCUCCAAACGGGACUGAUUCAACGUCUAGGAUUUGAUCCGACCCAUGGGAAAAUUUCCAAAGUGCUUAAGUCCUCUGUUCCCGGCGGAGAGUCCAAGAACAACCGCGUUAAUGGGAAGAAAACUGUCAUUAAUGAUCUCCUACAGUAUAAGAAGGAGAAAGUCAUCCUGGCACCUUCAAAGAACGAAUGGUUCAAAAAAAGAAGUCAUCGUGAAGAAGUUUGGCAAAGGCACUUUGGAUCAAAUGAAACUGAAGGAGCUUCGGACGCUAGUGGAAGUGACCUUGAGAUUGUAUAA